AUGUUUGCAGGGACAUAUGCUAUAUUAACACCAAACACAUAUGAGUACCGUAUGUUAAAAAUCACAAUAGCUAUUUUAAUGAUGGCUCUAGUUUGGUUAUUUCCAGAUUUACUGAAAUUAAAGUUUGCUAGACCAAAAGACAAAGGUAUUUUGUUUUUUGGUUUACUUGUUUGUGUUUGGUCAACUUUAAAUUUAGAUUUUAGUUACUUUGCACCAACAAUAUAUGCAGACCCAAUUGGAGCAAUAGUUGGAAAUAUGAUUCCCCAACCAAAGUUAUAUAAAUCAAAAACAGUAUGUUUACCUCAAUCACUUCUUUUUACUUUUAAGCUAAAUAACUUUAACUAA